AAACCUCCUGUCCUUCGACUUUUAGUGCGUUGUGAGGGUGAAGCGGCUCUGGAAGGUCACACAGCCACCUUCUCCAGGCGGGUGCUGCAGCUUGCUGGCAUCAAGGACUUUGGGAAUACAAGUUUGAGCUUUCUAGAAGAUGAAGCCCUGGCUGCCGUUGGUGUUCUUUACCAGUGCUUUCUUGAUCUGGCAUGCAGAGGCAGAGUUCUUCACUUCAAUAGGUCAAAUGACAGAUCUGAUUUAUGCAGAGAAGGACUUGGUACAGUCUUUGAAAGAAUACAUCCGUGCAGAAGAGACCAAACUGUCUCAGAUUAAAAGCUGGGCUGAAAAAAUGGAUGUGCUGACGAGCAAAUCCACUUCGGAUCCAGAGGGGUACCUGGCACACCCUGUGAAUGCUUACAAGCUGGUGAAGCGUUUAAAUACUGAUUGGCUGGAAUUAGAAAACCUGGUUCUUCAGGAUACAACAAAUGGCUUUAUCACAAACCUCACGAUUCAGCGUCAGUUUUUUCCAACUGAAGAAGAUGAGACGGGGGCUGCCAAGGCUCUGAUGCGCCUGCAGGACACGUACAAACUGGAUCCCGAAACUCUCUCUCGAGGGAACUUACCAGGAACAAAAUAUAGGUCGUCUUUGACCGUGAGUGACUGCUUUGGUAUGGGCAAGACUGCUUACAAUGAUGGUGACUACUAUCACACAGUACUCUGGAUGGAGCAAGCCUUAAAACAGCACGAUGAGGGGGAGGAUACUACAGUCAGCAAAGUGGAGAUCCUGGAUUAUCUCAGCUAUGCUGUCUUCCAGUUUGGGGACUUGCACAGAGCUAUGGAGCUCACAAGGCGCCUGAUAUCCCUUGACAGCACUCACGAGAGAGCAGGCAGCAACCUGCGGUACUUUGAGAAGCUGCUGGAGAAGGAGAGAGAGAAGUCCUCAAACAAGACGGUGGCCACCACGGAACCAGUGGUGCAAAGUGGUGCCUAUGAGAGACCUCUUGACUACUUGCCAGAGCGUGAUAUCUAUGAGGCCCUCUGCAGAGGAGAAGGGGUGAAAAUGACGCCUCGGAGGCAGAAAAGGCUGUUCUGUAGGUACCACAAUGGAAACAGAAACCCCCAUCUGGUCAUAGCUCCCUUUAAGGAAGAAGAUGAGUGGGAUAGCCCUCACAUUGUACGCUAUUAUGAUGUCAUGUCUGAUGAGGAAAUUGAGAAAAUUAAACAACUGGCGAAACCAAAGCUGGCACGAGCCACAGUUCGCGAUCCCAAAACCGGUGUCCUGACAGUGGCUAGCUACAGGGUAUCCAAAAGCUCAUGGUUGGAGGAAGAUGAUGACCCUGUUGUGGCUAAAGUGAAUCAACGAAUGCAGCAGAUCACGGGGCUAACAGUGAAAACAGCUGAGCUGUUGCAGGUUGCUAAUUAUGGAAUGGGAGGGCAGUAUGAGCCACACUUUGAUUUUUCUAGGCACUCUAAUGUAUAGCCCAGUUGCAUGGAAUGGAUUAUGACCUCUGGAAAACUCUCAUUCCUUUCUCUGGUGCUGGAAGUUCAAGAGACCAAUGAACAAAUCUGACUGCCUGCUUAUCUUUGUCCCUUUGGUUCCUUGCACAAUGUAGAGAUGUAAGAACAGUAUGACUAUCUCUCAAUAUGUACUCCUUCUGUUACCCUACUAGGGAACUUAGCCCUGGGUGGAGAUUGAGUUGUUCCAUUGGGUUUAUAAAUUUAGCAAGGUUGUCGCUCCUCUUUUGGGUAUUUUAAAGUACUUUGGCUGAGCAGGAGGUGUCCCUCCAAAAGAGCAGCAUUUAUGGAAGUCUUUCAGUUGGAACCCUUCUGAUAAAAGCCUUAAAAGCUGUGUGAUUGCAGCUAUAGGGGGUCAGCACGGUUUUGUCACCUCUGUCCAGGAUGCCAGUGCUGUGGUGACAGCAGGGAAACUUACCACUGGCACUUGUUGGAUGUAUAGCAGGCACUAGAGGGCUCUACCUGGCAAGUGUGAGCUCAGGUCAGCUGUGAGAGGGGAGAAGACAAACUCUUUAUUGCAGUUGUCUUGGUACAUGAACCAUGCUGAAGAGCUGUGAUGACUAGUUGUUAUAAAUACAAAAUCCGUUUGUGAUGCCUUGGUUUCAGGUAGAAUCAUCUCUUCAACUGAAUCCAUCUUAAUUCAAACUAUUCCAGUAUUUUUACUUGAUAGAGAGAAUGGAUUGCUGCAGCCAGAGGGUAACCCAAUAAUUGAGAACAGGAUUGAAGGGGCCCUGCUGUUCAUAAAUAAUCUUAAUCCCCAGCACUGUGGAAGCUCCUACUCGUUAGCUUUGGCCUGUUGAGAGAAUUUUUCUGUGAACUUUAAGCCUGCUUUGUUUCCAGAGUGAAGUCAAUGCUCUUAAAUUCUCUUCAAAGCCUUUGAACGCAAGGACCUCAGAUAUCAAUUUGGUCAUUAUGGUCUUUACUUUUGGAUUAGGCAGCUGGGACAGAGCUCCAUUUGGAGCAUAGCCUUGGCUGCAGUCAUCAGUUAAAGCAGGGCAAUUGGGGAGCUUGCCGUGGGCUUGGACUGGUCUGCCAGGCUCUGUGCGUCACAGAUUCCAGUACUGGAAUCCAGAGACAUUGCUCUCUCACUGUCUGAUCAGCCUCACAGCUUUUUGUUCCCUUACAGCUCUCAGAUGGGGAAACUUUAAUACUUAAGAUUUCAACUUUCAGAUUGUGUUGGGUACUCAAAAGUUACAGAAGAAUCCUAUAUAUUGAAGCUCAGAAAUGCAUGGCUGGACCUGAGUUUGGCCUGAGAGGUCUUGGAAACAGGGGAACUCCUUCUAUCUGAGCUUCUAUGUUGGCUAUUACACUGUAUUUGCAUGUUCUGAUGCAUGUAGUUCUUAGUGUAAGCCCGUUUCAGGAAAGAUGUUUUGUUGAAAUAAUCAAGUAAAUUGAAAUAAAACAUCUCAGAGUUUU